CAACUUGGUACGAGAGGCCCUUGCUGCCAUGCUGGUCCUCACGACGACAGGGCACGCCCGUCCCCACAACAACGAAAACCUAGUGUGCUGCGCUAGUGGUGAUGGUCGAGAUGGCGCAUGCGCAGGCCCCACGAGACGGCGCUGCGCUCACUUUGUUGCCCGCCUGGCCCAGCGGCCCAAGCGCGGCCAACGGGGGCAUAGUGAAUCCCCACUGUGGCCCACUACGCUAGGAACAACCGUCACCUUAUCAGUCGGUAGGGAGCCAAAGCAGCGAUCGGACUACAGUGCGUGCGUGCGUGCGUACUCAUACAGUGUGGUGCGGUUGGUUUCGUUCAUUUUAGUGAAGUGCCAUUGCUUGAUUGCUUUGUCGCGCUGGACGCCUGCCUGUUUGUCCGCUAGCCAUUGUAUUCGGCUACCUUCAGCAACAGUAGCCUCAUACCAAACAUUAGGGCAGGUGGUAUUCACUUGCCGUAGAAUGCAGUUUAGCGUUCAUAUCAUGUGUUACAUAAACUACACAUGCAUAUAGGUAUGUGCAUACGAGUCCUUGACAGUUGCACGUUGGUGACCAUUGAAGGAUAUCAACUGUCAAUAUGGGAUACGUCGCUGUAACUUUCCAUUUUUCACCUACCUUCACCUUUUUGCUCACUCAGCCCCAGUAACUUGACAAACUCUUCUAACUUUGUUUUGUUACAACGGAGUAACUUACUACUGAGGCUGCUACAACCGUUGUGUAGGCGGAGCAAAGCGCGCCGAUUAAAGCCGGGAGCAGUCAAGUGGCGCGAAACUGCUGGAAAGAAUCCCUCGGCUUCUGUGAUUCUGUGCGUGAGUGUGUUUAAUAUUGAGCCGGUCGAAAAGGAAGUUCAGUGCGUGAAGAGAAAAAAAUCAAAUAGUAGGUGUUGUGGUGGUUGGAACAAGUUGAGAAGUUAUUGUGGAUUGUGUGACGCUCCCGGACGUAGACGCGACGACGACAUACCCACAGGCUAAUGUAAUUUACCCUUGAGUUAAAGACUGCAUCAGUCUGAAAAGAAGUUCUCGUCAGUCUCUGACAACUGACAUUGUGCAAGUUGACUAAAGGUUGAUUUUGAGGGCCGAAGCCGAUAGGAUCGCUAAUCUCAUUUGAGGUAACAGGCGUUGUGCGUGCUGUUGUUAUUUCGUCGUCGUUGUUGUUGUUGUUGUUUUUGCGUGCCGCUUGUACGCGGGACGGUCUAUAUGAGUAUGUGCUUGGCCUGCCUGUUCGUCUGUAUGUGUAUAACGAGUAUUAGGGCAAUCAGCGCAGGAGCAGUGCCGUGAAUGCGCUUACGGACGUUUACGCCGAUACUGAUAGGCGAACCGCAACGAAUGACAGUGCACCAAGCAAUGUGUGACAGGCUCGCUGAUAGCUGCAGCCGCCCAAAACGGAAAAGCAAUAAAAUUUGCAAUUCGUUUACCGUGCCGAAAUUGUACGCCUCUUGCUGCCGCCAUGACCGUAACUACUAUAGCUGCUCCCGAAUGAUAGCUAUCAUAACACCUAGGGGAGUUUUGUCGACAUCAACUACCAAGAGCAGCAGUGUUCACAACGAAAAAGGUAACAGCCAAACACAUUUGAUGGUCGUCGAUUACUGAUGCGACUUCAACUACUGCGGAAACAGCGGUUUCCUUGAGUGUUGUUCCCGCGCUGCCGGUGUCGCCGCCGUCAUCAUUACCAUCGUCGGUACGAUAGCAGCACUUCUAUGGACAAGCGGGUUUCUGCAGGAGUAGUACCUGGUAAACGUGAUAGUAUCUGAAGCUAUUAUUGUCGCCGCCGAUUUUGAUAAUGUUAUGCCGCUGGCGCCGACGCUGCUUGACCAGCCGCGAGUGUUCUUUGGCAGGCAAUGCUGCUGAUGUGUGAGUGCGUUGGGAUGAACAUGAGUGGACCGUAUAGGCCACACAAUUGAUCAUGGCGUUGGCCGCACUAUCAGUGCUAUGCUGGCUGGUGUGGCUGUCGCGAGGUCUCCCUCCGGGGGGUUCAGCCGCUGUUGCUGCUGAGGUGACGUCGUCGUCAACUAUCGCCGUCAAAAUCCACCCAAAGCAAGUUCAUGCAAGCCCCCCUCAACAGCAUCAACAAGCCUUGACCGCAGACGUCAACCGCAACGUCCCUCCAUAUUUUGUGUCGUCGUAUCAUACAGAAGGUGGCGCUUCUCCCAGAAACGGUGUCCAUAGCUCUGCUGUUCACAGUCCUCAGGCGAUGGACACUGUACAACUUGAACCGCAGCGAUAUCCGUACCGAACAGUCGUCUCGGCCGAUAACUACGGAGGGGAUGCUCGUGGAAGUGCGACAAGACCGCUUGACGGCCAAGCGUUAUUUGAACACGGCGAAAGUCGAGACGGCGAAGGCUUACUGGACGGCCGCAGUGAUGCUGGGCCAGAUCAGGCCAUCGCUAGCGACGGCGGCGACAACGAACACCUUCGUAAAAAAUCGUCAUUUGCAAAAGAAAUCGAAUCCGAAACGGAGGAUGGCGAAAUCAAGUAUGGAGUUUAUCGUAGUAGCAAUGAUCUUCACGCUGCCCACGAUUCUCCCAUUAAUUACCUGCCUAUUCAGCAGUCAAGACUAGCUAAUUGCUCGAAUUUUCUACAGGCAAUCCGCGGAAAGCAGUUCCCUUUGAGGAUAGUUCGUUCGACCCGUACUCGAGUAACCCUUAGCCAUCCAUUCAUCGAUACUCAACUUGGAAUCCUUUCAGGUGGAACAUACACAGUGAACCUUCCGACUCUGCCCAUCGAGCGGUCUUCAACGCCGCAUGAAGAAGCGCGGUAUGUCUUCGUCGAGGGCGAGUCCGCUAAAGAUGUCUUCAGCCAUCUCCCUGCAAAGGUUACCAACCAGUGUGGGGUCCAAGGUGGUGUGGUAAUGGUUCUUCAUGGUGGGGAGAGACCUCAUAAUGAGAGCCCCUCGCAAGGAGAAGCUCAGAGCAAAGGGCUUAGUCUGCACUGGAAGCCUGACAUCGACACGUCUUCCGAAAGCGAUGCACUGAGAAGAGGAAAGAUAGCUGAGACCGUUACUCUUACGGUGGUCUAUUCUCUCAACUGGAAUACUUUAGCAGUAGAAGAAAUCAACGUACAAGUCCGAUCUGGUUGUCACCGUUUGAUGGAAACUGCCAUCGUCGAUGUAUCGGACCUGAAUAUGUUUAGCUCAUGCGCAGAUAAUGAUGUCCAACUGAUUCUCCAGGCGCCAAGGGGCCACCGGUUGUUCGUGCAGUUUACCUCAUUGGCGGUACGAGGGAAUGCAAAGAUUUCGGCCCGCACAGAAAGUGAACGAGGUCCAGGUAGUGCGGGGGUUGUGGCUGUCCCUCAGCGAAUACCAUGGGACCACCAAGAACGACGCCAUUCCAGCAGGCCACUCAGACCGCUCAACAGCAAUCUUCGACCUCCACCUGGCCGUCGGCGGUUAACCUCUCCGACCGGCAUGAGGGACCAGGGGGUUUUUCUGGGUGUUGUUGCCGGAAACAGUACAAAAGCGAGAGAGUCCUUGCUGUUAACCUUGCCUGGGGAAGUCCUCAAUUCCGACGAGGGCCGUUGGGUGGCACUUGAAUUUCAUGUUUGCCGUCCCCUUGACGCGCAGGGGGCCGGUAACAGUGACACGGUUGGUUGCGAGUUUGCCUUUACCGCCUACGCCCUUAAAACUAACGGCUGCAACGCAUCGUACAGUGAGUCCGCUUCCUGGAACAGCCCAUUUUUCCCCGCGAGAUAUCCACCGGGCCUCAACUGUCGUCUUAAAAUCUCAGCACCACCAGGUCAGCGUGUGGUGCUUACAGUUCACAGGUUGAGUUUGGGUUUAGGAUGUGGGGACCUGCUUAGAAUAGGCCCACUGGCAGGUUCCCAGGUCAACGAGACACUUUGCGGCGGAACUUUAGGUGACACGACUGACGCAGAUGCACAGAGGGAAAAUCAAGAAACGACGCCGGAUAGCUCAGCUCAGAAAACCUUUGCUCCAAUGGUGUCGCUAACAGAAGAACUUAUUAUCGAGUUUUUGAGCGAUCUCGAUAAUAAUGACGGGGGAGCUGGGGUGUCCUUAUCAUGGGAAGUCGUGUCAGUAUGCGUAAACCGCAGUCUUACAGCGGCAUCUGGCGAGAUGUGCUUCAACUCAUCGACGGAACUGCGCUUAGCUGUAUCUGUAGACGUCGACUGUGUCUUCACCGUUUACGCGCCACUUGGAUUCAAGGUGCACGUGGAGCUCACCGAACUGUCAGCGGUUGAUUUGUCGGAACCCGGCAAACGCAAUAAUGCAUCCAUUAAUUGUGGACGACACUUCAUUGAAGUAGACAGCGGCACUGGCCGCACUCGCCUGUGUGGCGACUGGACGUCAGAAAUGUUAGGCACCACCUCAUUUGGUGCCUUUGACUCGUCUGAGAGCAUCUGGCGAUUGCGGAUUCACGGACAAGCCAGUCCCCUUCGCAGAUUAGCCUUUUGCGCCCGAUAUGAGCGGAGAGUAUCAGACGCCAAGUACCUGCGCUGCGACCCCUCUGAGGGGAAGAGUACAAAUGACACCGAGCUCUUUUGGCUCUCGAGGGGAAACUUUUGUUACAGGGUAUUCUCGCGACAGCUGUCGUGGUGGGGCGCAAACGAUCAUUGCUUACGAGAAGGCGGGUUUCUUGCAUUCGUCGACUCGAGGGAGAUCCAGAGUUUGCUCGACAAAAUGCUGUACGCCAGUCCAGUUUAUCCGGAGCGACGAAGUUUCUGGAUCGGAGCCUCGGAUGUCCGCUAUGAGAGCUGCUUCGAGUGGCCCGAUGGAAGCGCUGUACGAUACACCAAUUGGUUCCCGGGCUGGGCUAACUUUAGCAACUACAACAAACAACCUAACGAUGAUGCGGACUCCGAUCAAGACUGUGUACAGGUCCAAGACAUAUUCGUGUUCCCAUCGAAAGGACGAGGAGUAACCGAGAGUUUUUUCUGGAAUGACCGCCACUGCCAAGCCGAGAAUCCGUUCAUCUGCCAGAGACCCCGAGCAGGUUCGACGAAUUCAGGGCGGCCGGGUAGCUUCGUUGACCUUGACGUCAACUGCAAUCGGUCGGUCAUAUUGAGUGGUUCGCAGCCGUCAGAAAUGCUGCACAGUCCGCUAUUCCCUGCUGCGUAUCCCCCCAGCCGCAGGUGCCAUUUUUCUGUGCAACUGUUACAUACUUCCCAACAACACCGGACUCAUAGUAACGCCUCCAUCGAGCUGCGAUUUCUUGAGUUUGACUUAGAGAGCCACGAAAACUGCGACUAUGACUAUGUAGAGGUCACGGGUGGAGCCUGGCACCCUCCGGGUCUUCUACAGUCGUCGGGAGGUCGAAUCUGUGGCAACUGGAAUGAACGUAUUAAACUGCUGCGUUUUACCGCGUCGCGUAGUAUGCAGAUCACUUUCGUGAGUGAUUUCUCGCAUGCUUUCAAAGGAUUCAAAGCCGAAGUGCUGAUCGUCAACGAUGACGAUGAAGAUCCGAGCGGGCAUCGGGAGCGCCGCUGUGAGUCUGCAGACUACCAUUUCCACAGCGGUCACUGUUACCUUGUUGGUGGCAUGCCCCAGGUCUCGGGGAACACAGCAGCUGCCAUUUGCAGGGAAUUAAACGCGACAUUGCUCACUAUCCAGAUGGAUGAUGAAGCUGCCGUUUUCCAGUCGGUCCAGCUGCUGUCGGAGCUGCUUGAACAACAGGCGUGGAAGAGCUAUUCAUAUCGCGUUCCGCUGUGGUUUUGGGUAAACUCUCGCAAAACCGAAUUAGAUACCAGCGCCCAGCAAAGCGAUGACGUCACUCUUGACAGCAUCAACGCUGAUGCAGAACAUCGCAAAUGUGGUGCAAUUCCCUCGAAGCAUCAUCCAACCUUCAACGCAUCGUUUAUUUGGAGAAGGUGCACCUUGACAGGAGGAUACGUUUGCCAAAAAAAUCCUGUUGUUGUUCCAGCCGAGCUCAAUUCGACGCUUACGAGCCCUUCGGGGGUGGCCGGAUGCGUACGGACCCCAGCUCCCGAUAUGCCGUACCUUGAUAACCUGCACUACACUAAAAGGAUCGUCGCUGAACCUGGCCAACGCAUAUUCGUGUUCUUCAAGUCGAUCGACGUGGAGUGGCAGGCCCAGUGCCUUUACGAUUAUGUCGAAUUGUCCCUGUCGCCGUCCGGAUCGGUCGGAACAGCCAGUAGUAACAGCAAUGGAGAAUUAACGAGUAGUAACAGCGUCAGCGAACGAGCGCCGAAAGCUUUGCGGGGAACUACCUCCAUUGAAGGAGAUUCACCGCUGAGAAUAUGCGGUCAGAUGGAGAACGGUCAAAGACCAACGAUUGUCUACAACGGAAUAGCUCGUGUCAUGGAACGAAAUGAGAGCUUGCAGUUCAUCUCAUCGGGAACGGAGCUCCAGGUGACAGUGCACACGGACCACUCGACUCUCGGGUCCGGCUUCACUUUAAGCUACGAGGUGCUAAACAUCAUAUCAGAGUGCGGUUCUAAAGACAUUCCUGUUGUCCGCUAUGUCGAAGAAGGGAGAGCGAAGAGUUUCACCUCCAUACGAUAUCCACAACCGUACCCGCCAGCGGUAAGAUGCCACUACCAGAUUCAGCCGGGUGUAAACGGCCCAACUUCGCGCGGUCACCAGCGAAAACAACGCAAUACCGGAAGGACGAAAAAGGAACGCUAUGGAGGUCUAGGUGGCAAAGAUGGCCCAACCACCGUACUUCUUACUUUUGACGCUUUUCAAGUCGGGACGCGGAAUCAUACAACUAAUUUCUGCCUCGACGAUUAUCUGGAGCUCAACUUAGGAGACGGCGACCGCACGCUCAAACUUUGCGGCUAUCUUCCCGAAGGUCACCAGGUGAUGGCCUACCAGACGUCGGUGUGGAUCAAUUUCGUUUCAAUGAAGGGUGGCUACCGAGGUUUUAGCAUUAAAUACCAGCUAUUUUCGGCUCAGAAGUUAUCGACCGUGCUCUCGGUGGGCGAAGGUGGCUCAGAAUUGCGCCCACUUAAUUAUCCCCAGCCAGUGCCGGCACACCUCAGCCAGCUUUCAGUGCAAAUCUUCUCAGGCGCUGGACACCGGAUAGAAUUUGUCACGCGCAACUAUACUGGCCGUCACAUGGGCAAUUUGAAAAAAAUCAUCUUCGAGGAUCCGUUUGCCCAAUUUCACAAAACUCAGAAGGUCUUCCGUGCUCAAGAUUACAAUCGGACAAGGCGGGCGGUAGCGACUUCUAAUUCUAUUCCGACAUCACAGUGGCAAAGCGUGGUCUAUAUUCCAUCUGACGGCAACGCCUCCUCCGGUGUCUGGUCCAACCCCGAGUCCAAUAUGGACUCCACCUCUACUAAGCUCGUCACCAUCAAAAGCUUGCUUAACGGAAUGGUUAUCAACUACGAACCGCAGGAUAACUUGCUUAUUCGCUACAAGGUCAAAAAAGAUGAAAACUUUACGUCGGUAGCCGUUAAGGGGUUGGAUGUACCGGAGUCCAGCUUUGCUCUGCCUACCUGUAGGCCUAAUCCGUGCUUCAAUGGCGGCCGUUGCAUAGAAGAGAGUGGUCGCAACGUAUGCAAGUGCCUGUCUGCCUUUAAUGGUGUUUUGUGUCAUUUGAGUCCUUGCGAUAAUGGCUUCUGCGAACGAGGUGUAUGCCGAGUGAACGAAAGUACUAGAAUGCCCGAAUGCUUCUGUGAAUCUGGAUAUAUAGGUAAACGGUGUGAGCAGAGACGGUCUCCGUGUGAACAAAACCCAUGCAAGCACGGCACGUGCAGAGUCGUCACGCGACCCGGAAGUGUGGUCGACUAUGACUGUGCCUGCCCUUACGCCUACGAUGGACGAAACUGCGAGCAUCAUCAUAAGCUGAUUCGGACACCACUAUCAGAGCGUAUGAUAAAGGAGCCAUUUUGGCUAGGCUUGAUUACGGUUGGAACUGUGCUCCUUAUCAUCUUAAUGGUAUACUGCGUCAAACGGAAGUUUGCGGAUAAAAUCGAAAAGUUCCUGGCAGACGAGAUCGAACGUUCCAAGAACAACCCUCCGUCGCCACAGGCAGCUCGCUACAGCGUGGGCUCCGCGAGGCCGUCUCUCACGCCAGUCUCCACAUCGGCCGUGCCAGCAAACACACGAAGCCUGAGUCCCCAGCCGACGCAAAGGUCCAGCUCCUCACUACUUAAUAGGAUCCGACGACAAAGCAUUCGCGCAGGAAGCCCAACCCCCCAAUGCCCAAGCGGGAACGCCCUCGGUAGAACGAAAAGUGGCAGUGCGUGCGGCACGGGCAGCGCCAGUAGCCAGCAGCUCAGCGUAGCUGGCGCCUCCGCGUCGGCGGCCGCUCAGUAUAACAGUAGCGGGAAUAACAGCCGCCAGCAGUCAAACACACUUAUUGAGGAAGUACUGCCUACAGCCAGCAGCUCGAACCCGUUUUGCCUCGAGGAUAUUGUAAAGCGAGCGACGAGUUCAGGUCUAGCGUCAAAGAAGCACUCGCUCAAUUCGACCUCCGACAGCGACUGUAAUACCAACUCUGCGCAGCGGAAGCCGUCUUUGCUGCACCAGCCAUCCUCCUCUGAACGCAGUAAACCUGAAAAGAACCCAGAGACUGCCAAGAUUCUCGCCAGUCUCGUCGCCCCGUCCCAGGACACCAAGAGAAGAAUGAGUUUGGACGAGUUCAUCCGUCUGAGCGAGAGGAAAUUGCAGCAUGCGCGUCGCUCAACGGAGGACACUACACCCGGAGACGUCAGCGAUGUAUCUAUUGCCUCCGAGGCGUCCUCCAUGGAGACCAGUUUUAUGCAGGCUCAUCAUCAGAUGCGUCCGCACUCGUCAAUCCGUGAGCAUUCGUUCGAGCGUAGCAACUCCUCCGUUGAAGACCCCGAAGUAUCCGGCAGCUCUUUGCUGGCACGUCAGCCGUCGACCACCACGGCUCUUCACUUACGCACCGAUCAGUCUCGGGACGGGGAUGGCUUCACUUCAGCCUCCGAAAACGAACAGAUUCACAAGACCAAUAAUACCAGCAGUAAUCCUAACAGGCCGCCUGUGCGACAGUACAGACUCUACAACACCCGGCAGAGCAGUAGCCAACGAGAAACCCCCACUCUGAUUCUGAGCUCCCGCUGUGGCACUCCCCGGGGUUCCUUCGAUGCACAUUUUUCAUCCUCGGAAAGAGACUCCACUGAUCAAACAACGACAGCUACCUGCAUUACAACAACAGGCGGGCCAAGUCAAACAACUAGUGGUCCACCUGGUAGCGCAUUUGCGUAUGCUUUAGCGCAGACAGCAGAAGAAAUCCCCAGCGCCAACAUUCCAGCGUCUCCGCAGAAGGGACCUCUUGGUAGCCCCAGCUGCGCUGCCGGACAACAGCAACAAGUUCUUCAUCAGGCGACAAGCGGUCUUAACACGAACAGCAACAGCAACAACAACAACAACAACAACAACAACAACAACAACAACAACGACACCAAUGCCACUGAACAAAUGUCGCUCAAACAAGCAAAGGGAGCCGCUUUCAUGGAGCUCCUACACAAGACCAUCGCCCAACUACCGCAGAGUCAUGAUGUAGAGGGUGGCGGCGGAACCCCUUUCCAGGCCCAUCCUGAUCGGCCAGCCUCUCCAGGACUGACCAAAGUCUCCGCACAUACGAACCCCCCUGCCCCCGUUACCACAACCCAACUAUCUCCGUCCUAUGACCACAAACUGUUCGAACCAUCCACAACACAGGUCUCAAUGCUGUGUCUUCCUCGGAUGCAGGCGCCAGAGCCUAAACUAAAGUCGCAUCCGGCUGAAGUGCUACCCCUAAGGAAGUUUUCCGUCGAGCUGCCCAUGCCUAAGAUUCUUAUCACAACCAACGUAAGCUCAUGCGAGUCUGAGACCGAGAGUCCACCAAGGUCACCGGUCUUGGCCACGGGGGCACAUGGUGACUAUCCGACAGAACGAUGCCAGCUAGGCGCGACCGUAGCGGCAGCAGCAGGCAGCGGUCCGGUCAAAAUGUGUUACCUUUCGCCAUUCAUGGGGGCACCCGGUGCCGCUGAUUCACGGACAAUCUCCGAAUCGAACCUCUCCACCUCGGGCUAUUCAUCCAUUUCGAGUCCGGGUCUCUCCCGCUGCAACUCGAGCAGCCCAAUGAUUGCCGAUGAGACAACUGUUGGGGCUUUCCAACGCGCGGGUCAGGGACACCUGCAAGCAAGUCCUACUCGCGCGGCCCGCAAGGCCUCCCAUCAGCUCGUGGCGACCUUCAGCAGUAAUUACCCCCCUCCAAACAGCAGCAGUAGCAGUAACGCUAGUAGCGCCAGUACCAGUGUCCGCGAACAGCACCAUGUCGGCAGCAGCGGUCGGGAGAGGGACGAGGGAAUGUGCACAACCCCUUUAAUAACUAGGCCGGGAGGCCCAUUCGGUCAGUAUUUGUUGGAGCCCGACGGCCAGGAAUCUACGAAACGGCGGAGCUCUUUCGGGGGAUGCUUCACCUCGCAUGAGGGCCCAGGGAGUAAUUCACGACACCAUAUCUCCGUUAUGGCCGGACAUUGCGGCAUGGGCGGACUACAGCCAAGCCAUCCCGGCAGUAGAUGUCCAUCUAGAGCUAAUGAGCGCAUUCUACUAUUCAGAGCUACCCGAAAUAGCCAACAGUCGACCUCAAACGAGGAGUCGUUUGAUGAAGAAAUCAAACGUGAGCUUGAAGGACGAUACAAUCAACCAUCCUCUGCCCAGGAUGUAUGCGGCCACGCUACUCGAGGUCACUGGAUGCCGUCCUAUGCGAGGACCGCCUCAUCGUUGGAUAUUCCGUUGGAUGAACCUGCGAUGGGGAGGUCCCGUGCCCCCUCGUCGUGGUCGGUGCCGGAUUCGAUGAGGCACGACCAUGAAACCACAAUCCACAGUGCAGCAGCCGGCAACGUAUGCAACCACAUCCGAACGGCGUUUCAGUUGGAAGAGCCACGGGAUUCGUUCUCGCAUCACGGCCCUGAUCAGGAAAGGGAAAUCCGUGAGGUUCUUCUACAGCGAGUCCGAUGCAAAGGGUGGCAGCAACCUCCAGCUGGACAACAAGCAGGGACCGGGAACUCGGAGCAAAACUCCGGCGGUUUGGGAAACGUCUCACUUUCACCCUCGCAUCUCGAGCCCACGACUCUCUUAACGUUGGGUCAGGAGAUAACUGGCGGCUUGUCUUCGCCAUCAUCGACCGCUUCAAUGGAGUCCGUUGUGCCAUCGAAGAUCUGUAGAAAUGCGUCAAAGGCGAGCAUGAGCGGGACUUUAGCGUCAGGCCUGCCGGGCAACGUGACCACCUCCGAAUCUGACUCAGAACGCAAGCACGUCGCCCAGGUUCAGGCGCAAAGAGCGGCUCGUCGCCUCCAAAAGAAGCAGAGAUCUGUUGAUGCCGGGUGUGGUAGUACUGUGGCUGGCGCUGGCGGAGGCGGAUCUUCCGGACAACUUCAGGUUGAUCGCCAGAAGCUCAGCCCGGGCUUGCGACCGCAAAGAAGUAGGUCACCAUGUCUGUCGCCGUGGUCUUCCGUAGACCGCCCUGGAUAUUCGACCAGAGGAUCGGCCCAAGAUCUUGGAGGAAAAAUGUUCAUCUGCUCCAGCUCAAGCUCCGAUGAAGAACCUACAAUAGACUAUGCAAUGAACUACAUAGAAGCUACCAAUCGGCAACCGCUUGGAAAUGCACGUCUCAUGCGUAGCGCCACUGUAGAAACGUGCGACUGCUUACAUAAGCCUAGAAGACAAAAAUCAUAUUGUUCCCAGGAGUUGCAGUCGCCACAGAACCAAACGCCCCUGUCGUCAUCUCGAAAUCUGCUGGCGCAGCCUACCACGCCAUGCUAUCAGAAAUCGGCGAGUUUCAAUGGCGGAUGUGACUAUGCAGCUCCCGGAAGUGAAGGAAGCCCGCAUGGAUCGCCAAGUAGAGGUUCGGCCAUGGGGGCGUUCCGUGGCCUCAGUCGUGAUGCGUCCUCCAACAGCGGGUCCUGGGGUAGUCACCAUUCCUUGCGGAGGCAGUGCGCCCUGCAGGAAAAUACUGCCGACGAAAUGGACGUCUUCGGAGACAUUCCCGACCCCGAUUUCUACCCCCGAGCAGCAGUGACGGAGACUCGACCGCCCGCAGAAACCAGGGCGGAACACCCCCACGAGGUUGGACAAAAGGGCGGAGUUUCGGAAGGACAUGGCGAUGCUGUGGACUGCUGUGGACCGAUUUCGACUCGACGAGCGAGCUCGUCCAAAGUCUCUACUCUUGGUAAAAUCGUCACCCGAGGUACCUACUCGAACUCAGAGUCUUCGGUAUCCUCAGUGGACAAAACCGACCUCUCUUCGGGGAAAGAGAUCGACAUGCCGAAGAUCGAAAUCCAAAUGCCCACGCCCAUUUGUGAAAACAAGGACUUUGAACAACAGAAACAAGUACAGCCCAGGCCGAGCGGAUUCGACGGACUCGGCAGUGAGGAUAAGCUUCCGACAAUCAUGGUGCAAAGUGCCACACCCGUGGCCACUCCGGUGCUAGAACAUAAGGUGUUCCACAUCAUUCAGCCCACAACCCUAGAGGCGGAGCAGCCUGAAGAAAUGCGUUCACUAAUCCGUAGCAGUGGUGCCUCAUUUCAGGCUUUGCCCGGCCAAUCGUCCCAUCAGCACGCUCAUUCCAGUUCCCGGUGGGAACGGGACCUUCGUAGGUUACGUUCCGAAUCACUCAGCGGUUCCUCCCGUGCUCCCAGUCUUACAAACGUUCUCUCGUUCGAUGACUCGCCGUCCUGGCUGGGAAUGAGCAACGACAGUUUUCAAAUGAGCUCUAUUUUUGAGCCCGAAACGGAGGUAGGACUCUACGAUGAUGACAAUGAAAGUCACGCCGCCAGAGCUCUGAGUAAUGUAUCUCCGAGUAGCAAACAAUUAUACGGCUUGCCUGCUCAACGACAACAACCACAACAUAUAUUCGCAGCCACCGACAUAAAAACCAGCAAGGACCUGAAAACGGACAUACCUCAGGUUCGAGUGAAGUUUGAGCCAUCUGAGUACAAUUCAGGCGACUCCAAUGUAAUUGCCUUAGUACCCGAAACUAAUGCUUUAACAGGAUGUGAAACAGUAGAUGCAAAAUCGAUCGGUAGCGGCUGCAGUUCUGCAUCUGGGGUAAUUUGUAUCGAGCUGGAGCCGCCCACGCCGACGACGGACGAGGACGCUCAGUUCGGAUGCGGUAUUAUCUCGUUCCAGAGUCCUCCGGAGCCUAGCACACCCACGAGUCCCUUAUCAGCCGUUUCGAACCAACACUACCAUUCCUUUUCAGCAAUAGCAUCCUCAGCGGAGUGCAGUCACCAACAGCGACAUCAGUGGGAUAGUGAUAACGGUAACACAGAAACCGUUGCACCAUCGCCAUCUGUUUGUUCCCAUCCCACCGAUUAUCAAUGUACACAGCGCAAUAUCUCUUCGCCGGCGUCGCAACCGCAUGAGGAUCUUUUUCUGACCGAUCAGACGAUGACGGCGACCACCACGACUGGAAUGACCAGCGUUCGAGAAAGCCCAGCUGGGGUUGUCGACAAUAGCAGCAGCAGCAGCAACAACAACAGUAAGGACAACAGUAGUAGCGCCACCGACGAGGGCAACAACCCUCAACACAAGACAUAGUGAAUCAUGCAGCAGUCUCAUGACGAUGAGGCAGAGCCAGCUCGGUCGUCGGUCCCGAUCUAGAUGUUCAAUUUGUAUGUAAUAGGAAAGCAUUAACAGCAGUACCUUACUGCUCGAAGACGCUGUUACUUAUCGGGGAGAAAAAAUUUAACCGAAAUGAAAGAAAGCAAUAGAACAGACUCUAAUCUUGUUUACGACAGUCAUAAGCUGAUAGGCUAGCUGAAGGUUAAGUAGCUCAGAUGAUCAGGCAAAGAUGCUUAUACAGGUGGAGAGGGAAGCAGCUGAAAGGUAAGUGAUAAGUAAGAGGAGGAAAGUGAUGAAAAUUGCAUCAGUAAAGCACAAGAAUGAAAAGGGCAAUUUUACAUACACAUAAUAGAAUGAGAAGACACUAUAUAUCUUGAAUGCGAAAUAAGCACACAAAGGGCGACGAAAUAGUCUAUUACAUGGAAGUCAUGUACUAGUACUGUUGUUAAAAUUAUGAUUACUUUCAUUAAGCGUAUUUAGCGCGCAAACGACGUACAGGAACAGGUGCUGCUGACUAUCGUAUUGAAACAAAAGAGCAGCCCAAGAGCAAUCGAAAUAAUGCUGCCCUCGAGAUAACAUUAGUGUGCGACCAUAUGGAAAAAUAUAUGGGUUAUUUCUAUUAAUACCUAGCUAAAUGGACAAGCAUAAAUAACAAGCACGCAUAAGAAUAUAGUAAAAGACAUUAGUAUAAUGAUGGUUGCGUCGAAGAUUAUUAUAGGUACAUGCACACUGACUGGGCCCAUGAACGUUUACGUCAAUGUGAGUCCAGUCGGCUCUUUUUGAUUAGCACAACAAGCAUGCCUGUUUAUCUGUACAUAAGUAGCAUGAUAACAAAACACCAUACACGAUAUAGCACUCUCAAAACGAGAUGACCAUUUAAUGAUAGUUAUUAUAUUUCGAUAUAUUCAUACUCGUAGUGACGAUGAAUGCGACGAUAAUGUUUAUUGCAAUAAUUAUUAAUACUGUUAUCUCAGCUAUA